CUUUCCCCCGAAGCCGCCAUUUUCCCCGUCCCAGCCACCACGUGACCCCUGAGGCCGCCGACGCCGACACACGUGACAGCGACCUAGCGUCGUCUCAGGCUCCGCCUCGCAACGCUCCGGACCGUCCCCUUAAAGGAUUGAUGGAAAGAAGAAAGGAGGAAAGGAAGGAGGGAGGAAAACGUCUUUUCUUUUGAUGCUGCUACAAUGGAUAACUUCCUGGGAGGGCCCUUGAUGGUGAUUGGUCGAAGUUUUGCUCCACCUCUCAUUCGGAAUCGCUGUUAUUCCCCGAACACCUACCUUUCCCGAUCGAGAUUCGCUGCUCCACUUCGUAUUCCCGCCUCCGCUACGUGGGAUUGGCUGCAACUGAGUGUCGUCAACGCCUUAGGUCUAGCGUCAGCGAAGAUCUUGGGGAAAGAGGCGGCGGGUCUAGAAACUGGAGCAGUGAGGAUGGCCUGUACUGUGGCGACAGCGGCACGACUUGGGCUUGGGCUCUGGGGCGCGAGGACCAUGCAGGCCCGGAGCUAUAACUUGGACUCCCGCCAGUUUAGCACUCUUGGAGGUGAAGGCGGUGGCUCCAUCCGCGACGCUGGCGGGGCCUUCAGCCGAAGGGAAAAGGCCGAGGAGGAGCGGUACUUCCGAGAGAAGAACAAAGAGCAACUGGCUGCCCUGAGGAAAUACCAUCAAGAAGAAAUUAGCCACCACGAGAAGGAGAUACAGCGUCUGCAGAAAGAAAUUGAGCGUCAUAAGGGCAAGAUUAAACAUCUUAAGCAUGAUGAUUAAACUAAUUGUCUUGUUGUUCAGUGGUCAGCCUUGGUCUAUAUGUGGAAUCAUUGACCACUAAUUUUGUGCCCAAUGCGACAUACUCCCCUAGCUUGAUAGACUUUUUCCUGUAACCAAAUGGUAAUAAUAAAUUGUGGUGACUGAUUUUC